AUGGAAAAGCAGAACACUUUCAAGCUGUUUGAACCAACAGGACCGAGCAGCAGUCAGCUGUCUGAAGUGCUAUCUGUGACUUUGGAAAAUUUAUUUUCCUCCAGGAAUUCAGAACCAGUGAACGAUGUAUAUUCAAAGCUGUAUAAAGAGGUUGAAAAGAUCAAAAAGUGCUCAGAAAGUAAAGAAUUGGAACUGAAGCAGAAAGAAAAGAAUCUGGAAGAAAAAAAAAGGAAAAUUGAAGAACAGCAAAAUGCCAUUCUGGAACUGCAGUUAGAAAAAGAAAAAAUAAGUGUGAAAUUAGAAGAACAAAUUCAGGAAAAUGAAGAUUUAAUACCGGAGUAUAAUACUGCAAGAAAAUUCUGCAACCUCCUCAAAGAAACCUCUGCCAGAGCCUCACAAAAGAUAAAGAAAUAUGAAUGUGAAAGGGACGAAACAAAACAAGUUCAGGCAGAUCUAAACAAUACCAUUGAGAGAAUGGCAGUAGCUUUUGAAGAACUUCGUGAGCAAUCUGAGAAUUCUAAACGGGAAAUGAAUUUCAAAUUAAAGGAAGAAUAUGAAAAAAUCCAACAUCUUGAAGAAGAAAAUAAGAAGAAAAUUGAAGAGAAGGAAAAUCAGAUAUCACAAUUAUUGGUCCAAAAUGCUGAGAAAGAAAAUAAAAUGAAAGAUUUAAUGUUGCUACUAGAGGAAUCCAGAAAUAAAGUUAAUCAAUUACAGGAAAAGACAGAAUUACAAGACGAACAUUUAAAAGAAUUAAAUGAAAGGAAGCAUCAUUUGGUAUCAGAACUUGAAGAUACUAAAAUAUCGUUACUGAUAAGUAUGAUCACUGAAAAGGCUUUAAAAGAAGAUUUGCAGAUAGUAACAGAAAUGAUUCAUCAGCUCCUUGAAGAAAAAGAAACCCAGCUGAAAGAAUUUAACAAUGCUAAAGCUGUUCAUUCAUUUGUGAUUUCUGAAUUUAAAACCACUGUCUCCACCUUGGAGGAAUUAUUGAGAAGAGAACAUCAAAGAUUGGGACAGAAUAAAGGGCAACUGAAAAUAGUUACCAUGGAGCUUCAGAAGAGAUCAAGUGAACUGGAAGAGAUGACCAAACUUAAAAAUGACAAAAAAGUGGAAAUUGAAGAAUUGAAAAAACUCUUCAAAAGGGUGCAUGAUUUGGAAAUACAGUUAAUUGCCAUUGCAACAAGUGAACAGCGUUAUUCAAAGCAGGUUGAAGAUCUGAAAAAGGAGCUUGAAAAAGAGAAGAAUGAACUGGAAUCUACAGGCAAAGAGCUAAUACAGAAAGAAUUAAUUUUAAAGAAACUGGACAAGAGUGAUGAAGAUACCAAAAAUAUUAAAUGUGAAAUUCUAAGAAAAGAUAAUCAAAUGAAGUUAUUGGAAAAUAAGUAUAAUAGUUUAAGGAAACAAUAUAAAAAUAAAAUCAAGUAUGUUGAAGAGCUUCACAAAGAGAAUAAGGCUUUAAAAAACAUGAAUUCAGCAGAAAGCAAGCACGUGAGUGCUUUUGAGAUAAAGGUGUCUGAAAUUUUUACUUUUGUUUUCUUAAACACUAGUGGAUACAUGAUAAUUUGGAAAUAUUUCACAAUUUAUAACAGUUAA